GAAAUUCUUGAAAUGAAAAAAUAGGGUUAAAAAGUGUUUUGCUAUAAAUUUUAAAGUCCCUAUAAACAAAAGUACUACUCUUCAGAUAAGAAACGCGGUGUAUUUGAACUAGAUGAUUUAUUUGGACAGAAGUCUUAAGAUUUUGUCGAUUUCAGGGCGUUGACUUAGGCCAACAAUACACGCAUUAUACGCUUAACUUUGACUUUUAUAAUCUCAAAGGGUACGGCGUUUAAUUAAUGAAUUUGGAAAAAUUAAUAUAUUCAAAGUAAUUUAAGAAUCUCUUAGGUACAGUGGAAUGAGAUUGGUGACUUUGGGAAUAAAUUGAUGUGAAGAUUAUUGUGUAUUGUGUGUAUGUAUACCAAACUCUAAACUUCAAACGUUCAUCGAAGUUACUUAGGCAAAAGCAAAACGAUCGUAAAGAAAGGACCGGUUUUGAAUGGAACACAAUUAUAACAAAUUACAGAGCGACAUAAUGGAAGUAUGCAUUUUUUGCUCAAUUUAGAUACUUUCAGUAUAAGCGAUUUUGUGAGAGGAAUAGAAGGACUUACUGUUCAUUAUUCGUUUGAAUUGAAUAUUGUUCGAGUUUAAACGAUUUCAGCUGAAUAAAGGUUAAUUUACCUAUGUAGCUGACUGGCGGUCUUUUAAAGCCGUGUAUUUAAGCUUCUUUUAUGAUUUCAAUUCAUAACAGAUACUUCUUUGAAAAGUAAACAUAAAAAGGUAAUUACGCUGUUCAAAUUGCUCGCGAAAAUGAUUACGUCUUAAAUUGAAAUGAGCAUUCAAUUUGGAUAAAAACGAAAACUAUGGAGGGAAAGGUAUCUUUAAAUUCUUCACCAGCAACGAAAAUGGACAUAACGAUAGAAAUGUCAGAUGCGAGUGAAACGGUACAGUCUUUUGACGUCAAAACGGAACGCACAAAAUCGGCGACGUCAGCCGGUGACGUCACAGCGGAGACGACGUCUCAAGUUGAUGAUGGGACGUCAGUUGCGGAAAACACGGAAGAAAGUCAAACCAGUGACGGAAAUCAAGAGGUUGAUGAAAGCGCCGAGAUGAACCAACAGUCCGGCCAGGUCCGAAUAGUUGGCCAUGACAAGGAGAAGGAGAUGCUGGCCCGCCUCUCAUGGCUGCUCCUAGAUGCCGGAACCUCCGCCCUCCGCAACACCUUUGACUCCAUCCAUCCGCCCGUUUCCCUUAGGGAGCAUCUCAAACAGACUCACGUGAAAACCGUGCUCCAGAAGCUUCUAGAACAGGCUGUGUUUACGGACCGCCAAUGGAAGCUGCUCUACCCCAUGAAGAAGAAGCACACGACUUCAAGAAUGUACGACAGCCGGAUACUCGUGGUUCUUCUGGAAACCAUCUGUCACCUGUGCCCGCCCUACCCCCAUGGCUGGGCCCGGGACCCCCUCCCCAAGGACGGCUCCCUCAGCGCCGACAUAGUCCGCCUGCAGCUGCUCUUCAUGGACAUCGCGAGGCUUGAGGGCAUUCCUGGAGAGUCCUACGUUCCUUGGUUCAUCCAGAUCCGUGACGUCAUCGUGCGACUAGGCGGUCCUCCAAUCAGAUUAAAGGUUGCCAGGAUCGAGUCUGAACUUAUUAAUCUCGAAAUGCAGCAACACUAUAUAAAGACGUUACGGGAGACGUGGCAGCCUGACUCUAUACAGAGAUUAGAGAAAGUACAUGCACUACGUAGCAAGACGUCCAAGGCACGUCGGACGUACGCCAGCACCAAGGGAACAGAGGAAGGUCUGUCAGCGGAGGACCAUGUCGUGCUCAAGAAGACCCACAAAGUGUUGGUGGAUAACGUUCAGGCUGAGGACGUCAUUGACAGGCUUCAGCAGUCACAGGUGCUCAAGUUCUCAGACCGACAGGAGAUUCUGACCCAUGCCAAGAGACAGGAGAGAAUGCAGUUGCUGUUGGACAAGAUAUCGGAAUCCAAGCUCCCGUACUCGUUGAAGGCGCUGUUUGACGCCAUGAAGUUUAAAUACAAGAAGCUGCAUGACCAUUGUAUCGCCGUCAGAAAACAGACGUACAAGGAGGGCGUGGUCACGACUAUAGACGUUGAGGGAAUCACCGAAACUGCCUUGGUGAACCAGUACAAAGUCCGGCUGGGGCGUGUCUACCCCUUCCCCUGGACUGACGGGGUGUACGGUACCGCAAGAGACGUCUAUACACCGCUUGAUAUUGUGGAUAGUGAGGGGCAUAAGAUAUCUUCAACCGAGUUUCUACCGCCGCCAUGGAAAGACGGUAAGGGCAACAGGAUUGUACUGGAGGGCGAAAGCGGAAGUGGAAAGUCCCUGUUGUGCUCCUGGCUGGCCUACAUGUGGGCGACAACGCCCACCUACUUCCGGAAUACCUACCAGCACGUGCUAUUGCUCAAUAUGGCGGAACUGGAAGGCAAUUUUGAAACCGCUGUGUACAGGAGUCUAUUUCCGGACAAUUUUAAGAUUAGCGUUAACGAAUUUUGGAACAUGUUGGAAAGGAACGCCCAGAAUGUGUUACUAGUCAUUGACGAUUAUGAUCGGGAAUGUGAAAUAGAUAUUAGUGCUAUCCUCAGUGGAACACGUUUGAAAAAGAGUACUGUGAUAUUGACUGCGAGGCCCAAUACGAAAAUGCCCAUAGGUUUUGUUCCAGACCGGAAGUGGUUCAACUUAGGAUUUAGCGAAAGCAAUAUCAAAAGGUGCUUUAGGAACUGUGUAUCUCUGUCCCAACUCGAGCACGACCAAUUUGAGAAGUUGUACCAUCUUGCAUCCCGCGAGUCAUGGCUGCUGCGAUCGCAUUUAUCAAACCCGAUGCUAGCAGUGAUGGCUUUUGCUGUGUUUAGCAUCUUGAAGAAAGGCACUAUGCUACGAGAUAUGAAAACGACCUGUGAUCUUCUGGAGAAAUACGGAGUUGCCAUGGCAACGCAAUACUGCCGGAAACAGAAAAUCGACAUAGUCGGGUUUGAAUUUCCGGACGAAGUUCUAAGUGCAAUAGACUUGGUGGAUCAGUUUGCGUUCAAUUGUCUGAUGUCGGGGCGGCAAAGUUUUAAAGAAGAAGAGGUCGUUCAAUCGACUGGGGAACCAAUAGUUCUUCAGUUUGGGGCUUUUAGCAGGUUUCAGCCGGGAACAACAUUGCGGUUCGCUUGUGGUAUUUCCAUGGAUUUCCUCGCGGCCCGCCAUAUUGCCGACAUGCCAUAUGAAGAUAUUGAGACUGUCGUUAUGAAGAAUAAGAUGUUCAAGUUUGCAAAAUAUUCGCAGUUGAUGUCUUUCCUGUGCGGCCAAUACCGUGACGACACAGACACUCAAGUCCUCCAGUCCCUCUGUGACCAACUGGCAGCUCGCAACGAAUACUGCAUUCGAGGCUUCUAUCUUCCUACCCCAACGUUGGAGUCACCGGCCUCCAUGACGAGUGAUCAGCGACCGAAGGUUCCCCGUGGCGUGCUGGAGGACUUUGUUACGAGCCUGCAGUGUUUGUCCGAGUGUCCAGCCCGCGAAGACGCCGUUCAGACUAUCGCACAAUCACUUCCGCAGAGGCUCAUUAUCAGACCGGAAGGCAUGAUCGCCCUGAAGACGCUGCAAGGGCUUUGUCUCUGUAUGGACCACCCUGAAUGCACCAUUCAGGAACUUGAACUUGAGUUACAUCAGUACCACCACUUCCAACUUCCGGUUUUCCUGCAGCUCGCCGCCUCCACCGGAGAAUGCCGCAACAUCCGGUCAAUCAAAAUUACGUGGUCGUCAUUGGAUCUUAUGGCGAAGUAUCUCGCAGGCGUCAUGGGAAGCUGCGACCAUAUUGAAACCUUGUAUAUUACUGAGGAUCCGAAAGUGAAAUUUAACCAUCCGGUGUCCGCUGCGACUUGGGCCGCCUUGCAGUCCGCGUGCAGCAACAUGACGUCACUACAACAGUUGGCGUUCGUAAAUUGUCACGUGACAGCUGUUGUGAAUCACGUGCUUCAGCACAUUCCAACGUCAAUCGAGCAAAUCAACUUCACGGGAUGUGCCUUCAAUGUCAUGUGUGCGGGGCAGGUUGCGAAUAAUCUACAUGGGAAUACAGCCAUUCUCGCUCUUGAUUUGAGUCACACCAAACUGAACAGUAGUGAAUUCGUGGCGAUUUUUCAAGGAAUGCAAAUGUGCGAAAGCAUACGGCACGUGCGCGUCCGGGGAGCUCGAUUAGACAGGCCAUGCAUUAUCGCCCUUGCAGAGUACAUAAAGUUGACGCAUUCUCUAGAAAGUCUAGAUCUUAGUGACUGUGAAUUAAACACUGAGAUGUGUACCCAACUUGUCACCGCCAUUCGUCAAAACAGGACCAUACAGAGACUGGUAUUUAACAACGCCAAACUGACGACCGAAGGACGGCGUGUGAUUUCGAAAACCAAAACGAAAUUAAAGCCGGUUUCGGUUGAAGGUCUUCUACGCAUUUAUUAGAGAUAUAAAUACGCAUUUAUUAGAGACAUGAUUACGUAUUUAUUAGGGAUUGCUUUUGUAAGGGAAUGUUGCAUUGAUUUGGAACUUAGAUAGUAGGAACUAAUUCAUAUUUAUAAGGUAUAAAGUAAACAUUUAUUAGAGACCCAAACAUGCAUUUAAAAUUGACUUAAUUACGCAUUUACUAGGGGCUGCAUUUGUAAGGGGUAGUUGCAGGAACUGGGAACUUAACUUUGAGAAACUAACUCACAUUUGUUAAGUAAGCAUUACUGCAAGACCACAUAUGCAUUUGAAAGGGACUUAAUACGCAGUUAUUAGAGGUUAAUACAUAUGCAUUUCAAAGGGACUUAAUACGCAGUUAUUUGAGGUUAAUACAUAUGCAUUUGAAAGGGACUUAAUACGCAGUUAUUAGAGAUUAAUACAUAUGCAUUUGGGACUUAUUUACGUAAUAAUCAUAAUUUGAUACAUCAUCAGAUUUAAGGUUGAAAUAAAUUUGCAAAAUAAAGCGACAAAAGGAAACACCAAACUCCAAACGGAAUGCUCAAUUCUAUUUUUAGACUUGUUUUAAAUCAAUCUUAAAAUAGAUUAUUUAGAUCUUAUCAUUUUUUAUUAUAUAUACUUAUCGUGAUACUUCAUACAUUUGCGUCGCAUAGGUAUGUUUUAAAUAGGUAUGUAAGAAAUAGAUUUAUUAUACAUGAUUUUAACCAUUUGAAACAGAAGUUGCACAGACUCCGAUGUUGAAAUACAUUUAUUGUUGUGUUUUUUCUGAAAUUGAUAUUAACAUUUUCAUUUAAAAAAUCCUACCUAAUUGAGGACUUAUCUUAUUUCAUUUUAAUAGCGGAAGUAUUAGAUAAGACAUACAUUUAUUCUUGUUCACUUAAUAACCCGUAAUCAUGUUCUCAUUUUCGGCUUCCUUUGAUGAUUACUUUGUAUACCUAACAACUAGUUUGUCAUAUAAUAAAGUGAUCAAGUAGUCCAAGGUCAGAUUUUUUUUAUUUUUCAAAGAGAAACCUCUCGUGAUGAAACAUUAUCGACUCUGUGGGAACGCAUUUUAUUUUAUUUUUAAAAUUCAUAUGACGAUGUGUAAUCAAAACUUUCCAAGGUCAUUGCACAUUGUGCAUUUAAUUUUGGGGGAAAUUUCUUUAUAACUGAUUUAAUAUUCCAAGCGACGUGGUCAAGGAAACAAUUGCGUCAUCAUUGUUUUGUAUUUUGGUUUUUACCUGAGUCAUCUGCUAUGUAUCUUUUUUUUACAAAUCAACGUAAAAAAACGACUUCUUAUUAAAUUCUAAAACAAGUAGAAAACAAGAAAGCUCGAAUCUUUAUUUUCAAACAUUACUUCAAUUGUGAAUUAUCGAUUAUAAAUACAUGUUUUUAUUGUCAACAUCAAAUUUAUAUACUAAUAUACUUUAUUAAGAAAUUCAUUGUUUUGAGUUGUAUAAGACAGAUGCCGUUCUAUUGAAAACAUAGUCAUUUGAAGGGAAUAAACUCCUGCUUUGGUGUCAUAUGACCUGUAAAACAUUUAGUGACAUUAAGCCUAGGCUAUUUACGUAUUUAGAGUUAUUUUUACAAUUUGAAACUAUAGUUAAGUUUAGUUAUUUCAGACAAGAGCGUUGGUAGGACAUAACUCUGAUAAGAAAAAAAUGUCGCUAAAUAUUCUACAGGUCAUAUACAACCUCAGCAGGAGUUCAUUUCCUUCAAAUGAUUGUGGGUAAAAAUACUAACACCUCUCAACGAUAGUAUUUAUCUAAUAUUUGAAAUUUCAUAUCAUCGCAUUUUCGUGUUUUCCUUUUUUUUAGUUUGUUUCUGUUGAAUAUAUGUCAUUUUCUCUUUUAUAAGCCAUUAUUCAAGGACGCAGUCUAGUUUGUUAAUCUCAAAGGCAUCAUAUUGUAUGACAUUGUGUUAUCGCUUUGUUUACACAUGUAUCAGAUAACAUGAUUGCAUCUGUAUACUCAUAAUAUUUAAGGGGAAGUUUUGUAUGUUCAUUCAUUGAAUGUGUUUAUUAUUACAGGAUUAUUAUGACGGUGCUUGUAUAAGCUAAUGGAUAUUAUUAAAUCUGAAAGUAUCA